AUGGCCUCGAGAGUCUUUGGGGUGAUCAAUGGAUUGCUGGUUCUCUCUGUCGUAUUGGGGGAAGGAGUUCUCACUUCAACACCUGAGCUGGACUGUGCCCACCGCACACUCAAGCAUGGCACCGGGGGUAGACCUCGCUCGGUUGUCAUCUGUUUCCACAAGUACCAGACCGGUGACCUGGUGAUACGCGAAUCCCGCAUUCUUCGAGGCAAACUUCAGUACCGUGGCACUCCAAUUCAGAUCUUCGAAGACUACAGCCCUGACGUUCUGGAAAUGUGGUCUGAAUACCGAGAUGUUAUGAAGGAACUCUACAGCCUUGGACUCAAACCCUCUUUGCAAUACCCUGCCAGGCUGUUUGUCACACUUGUAGGCACGGAGUAUCGCAGUGCUGUUUGUGAGGUGCUGCUGGAGUUGCAUGAACGUGGUGUGUGUGUUUUCCUGUUGUGCGAUAAUUGUGACAUGGAUGGACUCCAGUCUCUGAAAGACAAGAUAGACAACAGUGAUGAUGGGCCCGUGAGUCACACACUGAGAGCGAACGUCACAAUGAGAAGUCCUGCCGUGUACAUCUAUACAUCAGGAACUACAGGUCUCCCUAAAGUAGGGGUUAUACUUCACGAUCGAAUAUGGGCUGGCACUUUCUUCCUGUCUCUGUUUGGCGUCAAGCAUGAUGAUGUCAUCUACAUACCCCUCCCCCUUUACCAUGCUUCAGGACUGAUCAUUGGCUUGAAUGGGGCAAUAGAGAGGGGAAUCACAGUGGUGUUAAAGAGGAAGUUCUCUGUGUCUCAGUUCUGGGAUGACUGCAGGAAAUACAAUGUGACGGUGAUCCAGUAUAUUGGUGAGGUCAUGCGCUACCUCUGUAACACACCCAAGAAAGAGACAGACUGGCAGCAUAAGGUGCGAAUGGCCAUUGGAAACGGACUUCGUGCUGAUGUGUGGCAAGAAUUUCAGCACAGGUUUGGUGUGAAAAACAUUAAAGAGUUCUACGCUGCGUCUGAUGGGAACAUGGGCUUCUUUAACUACGUGGGGAAAGUAAGCGCUGUGGGCAAAGUGAACUUUCUCCAAAAGAAAUUGUCUCCUCAUUCACUGAUUCAGUAUGAUCCUGAGGUACAGGGGCCGGUGCGGGACAGCAGAGGGCGCUGUGUCCCUGUCCCUACAGGUGAAACAGGGCUCCUGGUCUGUAAGAUCACUGAGAUCACUCCAUUUGCAGGAUAUGCAGGAAAUCCAGAACAAACAGAGAAGAAGAAGCUGCGUAACGUGUUUGAGGAUGGGGACGUUUAUCUGAACAGUGGAGACUUGAUGAGGAUGGACCACCAUGGCUUUGUGUACUUCCAGGACCGGGUUGGAGACACUUUCAGAUGGAAAGGAGAGAACGUGGCCACGACUGAAGUGGCUGACAUUAUUUCAGUGCUGGAUUUUGUUGAAGAUGUGAGUGUGUACGGUGUUGAGGUUCCAGGUCAUGAGGUACGUGUCGGCAUGGCAGCAUUGACAAUAAAGGAACAGCAAGAGUUUGAUUGCAAAAAAGCUUUCAAUCAUGUCACCAACUUCCUGCCUGCAUACGCCCAGCCACGCUUCAUACGCAUCCUGAGGAGCAUGGAGCUGACUGGGACAUUUAAACAGGUGAAAAUGUCUCUAAUGAAGGAUGGAUUUGAUCCUGGGAAAAUGAGUCUGCCCAUCUACUUUCUGCAGGAGAGCAGCAAGAGCUACGUCGCCCUCACACACAUGCACUACAAUGCUAUCAUAUCAGGGGAGAUCAGAAUUUGA